UGUACCCAGGUCCAUUUAGCUUGAAAAGGUACAUGAUGUUCUCAUUUUUGACUUCACAAUAUAUCAAACUAUCAUAUAGGGUAUAUACCAAUUCUUCGCAAUUACAUUAUGUACAUCUAAGGGCCUAAUUCUGGAGGUUGUAGCUAUUCUUUUAUGUAUAAAUGUGUGAAGCCCUCAAAAGAGAGACCAGCACCUUAGAAAAAAAACAGUUUCCUCUUUUCAUUUGUCUCUUCUCAAGAUGGCAAACCAAGGAGGACAAGAUGAGUUCAGAGCCGAUUACCCUGAGGGAACCAAACCAGCGAUUGACGAUGUCUAUAGCUUUGAAGACGACCCUGUCGUUGGGAGGUUCAAUAGGUUUGGCACCGAAAUGUCCGCAAUGGUCUCCGCCUUGACCCAGGUUGUUUCUGCUCGCUCUCUAACAUCAUCUACAGUCGAUACUCACUCUUCUUCCUCUUCUGCUGGGCUAAAAAGAGAAAGGCUUGGAAUCGAUCGAGUAGACUCUUCCCCUGGUCCGAUCGAAGAAUGCACAAACAAUGGUUUACCGGAAGAAGCAAAGGAGAAAAAGAGGAGAUACAGAGGAGUACGGCAGAGACCAUGGGGAAAAUGGGCGGCUGGGAUACGCGAUCCACAUAAAGCAGCUAGAGUUUGGCUCGGUACGUUUGAUACGGCAGAAGCGGCCGCUAGAGCCUACGACGAGGCUGCACUCAGAUUCCGUGGAAAUAAAGCAAAGCUUAAUUUCACGGAGGAUGUAAAGAUUCUUCCUCCUCGGCCUCAUCUUAUUCCCCAAGCAGAUGAAGGAAAUGAAGUGAGAAACGACACAUUAGAACAUUCACCAAUGGAACAACCUCUUCUUCCUUUAGAUUCUGCUCCCAAUUCAUCUGAUUUUCGGGGGCCUUCUUCGGCCUAAUGUAUUUUUAAAAUUUUGAUAGAAAUAUAAGAAC